UGGGAAUAUUUGUUUGCCUCUCUGAAGGUUUCAUAAAUUGUGACAGUCAAUUCACUGUAUUCCAGUAGUCCUCGCAAGCUGUUCAUUUCAAAAAUAAAACAUUAAAUUCCAAGAAUUCAAAGUCUCCAAGCAACCAAACCCAGCAAACAAAACUAUUGUACAUGAUAUUUACAUCUUUGUUGCCUGGGAAUCCUGUUGCUGCUCCACACCUCACUCCAAACACUUGCUAAAAGCAUGCAAUGGUUUUUGCAGCUGCCUUGCAGUUUAGGAAGGAUCAAGUCACAGACAUGAGGAUCAGAGAGCUGCGAUUCCUUAGUGGCUGAGGCAGCCAUGAGUAGUCGAGAGGUGGUUGUUCUGAGUGUGGGAGGUGUGAGAUUCGUAACCCGGGCUUCCACCUUGCAGCAGUUCCCUGAGUCCAGGCUGGCACACAUGGUGAAUGACGAUGACCAGGAAUUUAAACUGGUGAAUGGAGAGUUUUUUGUGGACAGAGAUGGAGCUUUGUUUAGUUACAUCAUGGACUUCUUGAGGACUCUCCAGGUGUCCUUACCACCUGAUUUCUCAGACUAUCAGAGGCUGCAGAGAGAAGCAGAAUUCUAUGGACUCUACCCCCUGGCCAACCUCCUGAGCCAAGAACAUUUGCUGAAGCCGAGGUUGGAGAUCUUGGAAGUGCGUUUUUCUCUCCAAGAAAUGCAUGCCUUUUUCCGGAUCUUUGGUUCCUGCAGUACCACCAUUGAGGCACUAGCUGAGCAGAUCACUGUGUUUACAGGGCAGCAGCCAGGACAGGGCUGGAACAGCCCUUUUCUUUCCCAGAAACCACUUGUUCCACUUCCUUUGGAAAGACCCUCGCAUCAUGAUAUGGUUUUUCUGUGUGGUACUGAGUAUUCUGCUGGUGACCAGUUCGUGGCCAGGUAUGUUUCCAUAAAGCCUGAUAAGAGAAAGCUGAUUAAUGGUACUAACGUGCUAGGCCUGCUGCUUGACACUUUACUCAGAGAUGGAUUUCGCCUCAUAAGCACCAGGACAGCCGGCAGUGAAGAGAAGGUUGAAUGCUACACUUUUGAAAGGAUGAAGAGGGCAGCAGGCCUUGCCAUCAUGGAGAACCAAACCCCAGGGAGCUCUGGGGUAGCACAGGCAAGGAGAAGCUAAGUACAGAAAGGGAAAUAAGGGCUUUUGCUUCCAUCUUUUGAAUGUAGAAGAGGGACGUGUCAGCACUAGUGACCUUUUUUUUUGUUGUUUUGGCUUGUUUGAAACUGCAGCUAUUGAAGGAAGUAACCAACACAUUUUCUUUCAAAUAUUUAGGGGAAAAAAAUUACUUUCUUGCCUUUUACUGCUCUACCCUCUUUAAGUAAAAGAAGCCCAGAUUCAAUACUGGGUUUGUGGACCAGAUUUCAGCAAUUCCAAGAGUUUUUGUUUUUUCUCUGUGGCUAAAAUUUACAUGAGGACUUAUAAAGCAUCAGCCAUCCCUUCCAGAAAAUUGUUUUUAUGUUCUGUGCUAAUCUGCAAGUAGGUUUUAAAAACAUGGUAAUAUAUGAAGAUGAUGCAGCUGUCAUCCCAACAGUUAGAAGUGGCUGGGGGAGGAAUGCAAGCCCCAAUGAUUGAUUAGUGCUUCCACUCACUGACUCUCUUGCACUUGGCUGAGAACAGUGUAAGGGGAACAUCCCGAGCUGUGCUGCUGUGUGGCUUUGUGAAAACCAUCGCUGAGGUCUGUGAAAUAAUGUGUGACUGUCUCUUGUCCUCUCCUCCCAUCUGGUGGCAUUAAGAUGCUCUUUGGUUCUGAGAAUUAAAUUAUAAAGAUCUUUGUGAACAGAAGGUCAGUUAAUUUUUAGUGCUUUCACCACAAAAAGGAUGAA